AUGAAAAAGGAUGUAUGGUUACGCCUUACAAACUGCAAAAAUAAACCAUUAUCUGAGGAGCAGGUUAGGGGUAUCCAUCCAGACAUUGAGGAGUUGCUUACUAGGGAGGUUAAUAGAUACCAUAACAAAAAAAAUCGCCAGAAGAUUAAGAUUGAAGCAAAUGCGAUCCCAGAGGGAUCCUCCACCUUAUUUCGGCUAGAUGGAUUUGAGAAACAGUUAGAGGAACGUGAGCUUCAUGUACAGCAACGGGAGAAUAAUAUUAAGAAAACUAUUGAGGCCCAGGUUGCUGAGGAACGUAAACAUCUAAAAGAUGAAUAUGAUGCUCUUAAGUCUCGUCUGGAGAGUGAAUAUAAUAAUUGUAUGGUAGAUAUGAAACAGAAAAUAUAUUCAUUCAAACAUCAGCUAGAAGAGCAACAGAAAUCCGGCUCAGAUGACUUGGAGAGGCAAUACAAAUCUCGUAUCUGUGCUUUGGAUAAAUCUAAUGCUGUGAAAGAUAAGGAGAUUGGCAAGUUAUCAGCAUCCCUAUCACGAUCUAAAAAUGAAAUAAAGGAUCUUAAACAUGUCCUUUCUUCGGUUAAAAAAACUAUCAAGACAUUGGAUGAUAUUAUCUAUUCUAAAGACCAAACAAUUAUUGCCUAUUAUGAUGGAAUCCGUUCUAUCAAUCCUGACUGUAUAGAUAAUACUAUAGAGCCAACUAUCUUUUAUGAAAAAGAAGCCAAAGUAUUGUGGACUAGAUGGCAUGAUGACGCUAAAGAUGAUCUAAACAUCCGAAAAAAAUAUACUUUUCGAACUCAUGUCUAG